AUGAAGGGGUUUGCCCUUCCUGAGACGGGGGCUGGGGAGAACAUGCUUGAAGAACUAUUAAUUCAUAAGCCAGAUGAUCCCAUUCAGUAUAUGAUAAACCAUUUAAAGGAAAACAACGAUGAUGCUCCAAGAAUUUGUGUACUUGGUCCACCUGCUUCUGGGAAAACUACAGUUGCAAUGUGGCUUUGUAAACAUUUGGAUGCUAUACCUAUCUCUCAGGAGACUUUGUUAUUCAAGGAAAUAUUAGCGCUGACAAAGGAAGCAAAGGCAUAUAAAGAAAGAAAACAGAAAAUUCCCAACGCGCUUUGGGCCAAUCUGAUCCAGGAACGUCUGUCAAACGUGGACUGCAUCAAACAAGGAUGGAUUUUGGAAGGCUUCCCUGAAAAUCAGGAACAGGCAUGGAUGCUGCAAUCAUCUGGCAUCAUUCCUAGGCAUGUUGUUGUGCUUUAUGCUCCAGACAUGGUGCUGAUUGAGAGGAACAGUGGGAAAAGGCUUGAUCCCGUCACAGAAGAGGUGUACCAUACGACCUUUGACUGGCCAAGUGAUCCGCUGGUACAGCGACGUUUGGUGAAACCAGAAGGUCUGUCUGAACAGGAGAUGUCAGAGAAACUGCUGGAGUAUCACAGAAACUUCCCUGAGGUUUUCCAGAUCUACCGAAAAGUUUUGAAAUUGAUCAAUGCAGACCAGCCUUCCAUGGAUGUCCUCUCACAGGUUCUUACCUAUGUCCAAACACGGCACCGAUCAGCCGCCCCCUUUACACCACGGAUUCUCUUUUGUGGACCCCCAGGCAGUGGGAAGAGCCUGCAGGCAGCACUAAUAGCUCAGAAAUACCGUGUUGUCAACAUUUGCUGUGGGCAACUGCUAAAGGAAGCUGUUGCAGACAAGACAAAACUUGGAGAACUCGUUAAGCCUUAUAUUGACAAUGGAUACCCAGCGCUGUACUGGCGAGCUGCAAGCUGUCUGAACAUUGGAGAGAGACCCUUUGGGAGCUCCAUUGGUUUUCAGUGUCAGGAGGCAUGGCAAGGGGAAACGCAGGACUGGGCAGCUGAUCCCACUGUUGGGGAUCCAGAGCGUGUGCUGGCACCAGGCAUCGCUGGAAGCCGUUCUCAGCAGUACCGUGUAUGUAAAAUGAGCCAGCGGAGACUGUAUUUCUGUGUAAAUUUUCCGUCUGACGAAAUCAUUACGGCAGCGUGA